GUCUGCCCGCCACGUCACACCGUCAGACUAUUCUGGUCUUUGUACUCUGACCACCUGACGUGGAUAGACCUGCACCUGGCCAUCGGUUUUCUCUGAGUGUGGUUUGCAGACAAAAUCGUGUUAGCACAGCCUUACAGUGUCCGUCGCUCACACUCCACCAAUUUCCUCUUUCCACACGGAGAGCAAGACGCUAGAAAAAGGGAAAGCAGGACCGAGGCGAGACGGUUGUAGUGGGCCCAGGAGACAUCGUCGGUUCCCAGCAGCAACGGUCAAAAAACGCGGAUUGAAGAAUGGCUAAAUGAAGCUAAAUUUAUGUCUCAUCACAGUUUAAAUAGUUACCAAAAGAAUUUAAAUUGAAACAAAAUGACAAAACAAGAGGCUGAUCUUACGACAAAUAUGACAGAGCUUGCGCGACAGUGGAAUUUUCGCGUCAAGGCAGAUACAUUGCCCGGAGAAUCAGUUUGUGUGGUUGGAAAUUGUGAACAAUUGGGCAAUUGGAAGAGCAGCCAAGCUGUCCAGCUUACUAAAGUAUUAGAUUCGGGGGAUGGGUGCACGUGGUCUGGUGUUGUCGAUAUACCAUUGCAAGCAGUUGAAUACCGUUAUUUUAUAUGUGUUGUAAUUGAGCCAGAUGUGGCAAUCUCUCACGAGAAAAGACUAAUAAUUCGACGCUGGGAGACUCAUUGGCAACCUCGCAUUAUUCCAAAGAAUGUGACUUCAAAUGUUGAGAGACAAGUGGAGGAUGAAACUUUUGGUUUCCAUGAUGAUUAUUCAAUGGUUGAUAGAGGUUGGCUGACAAGCGAAACUGUGAUUCAGUUUAAAAUCUUCAACAGUGCAUUACAGUUCUGCAGAAGGAAAUAUCUAGAUAAAAAGGCUUACAUCAAAAUCACACCUGUAAUUAUUUCAAUGCCACCAGUCGCAAAUUCCGCAUCAUUCAGUGACAGUCUUGAUGAGAGUAUGGAUACACAUGAGAAUGGCCAGGAUAACAUAUGGCCAAUUACGGAAGUUGCUGUUAUGAAUGAAACUGAAUAUGAAUUCAAGCUCCAGGAGCAGUUUGGACGAGCAUACAAUCCUGAAGAAUUUGUAGUUUUUAGCAUAAACGUUCACAAUCCAAAAGAUGUGGCAUACUUGGUAGAUGUUUUUGCUCAUAUGUCAUUGCCCGUCGAUGGUGAACCACCAAUGCAUAUAGGAUUUGGUUACAUUCUGCCAAAUGUUUUGUUGAGAAGCGAAGGGCGUGCUGUUGUUCCACUAACUGAUGCUAAUCGGCGCCCAGUUGGUGAAUUAAAAGUUGACUUCCUCGUUGUAGAACCAAUCAAGCAGUAUGACUGUAACAUGAGUGUUUCAUACUCUCGUUUCUGGAAGAAGUCCUGGUUAGGCUUGGAUGUUGGUCAUCGAGGACUUGGAACAUCAUUUAAAUUAGAAAUGCAGACCUGUGCUGAUAUCCGUGAGAAUACAAUAGCAUCACUGAAGACUGCUGCAUCACAUGGAGCUGAUUUUGUUGAAUUUGAUGUGCAGUUAACAAAAGAUGGUGUUCCAGUAAUCUACCAUGACUUCCAUGUCUGUAUUGCAAUGAAAAAGAAGAAGCAUUUGGAACAGCAUGAUAUGCUUCAGUUACCAGUCAAAGAUCUUACAUUGGAGCAGCUCCGUAUGCUAAAGGUGUAUCAUCUAGAAGAAGGGAAGAACAGGAAUCCCAGAUUUUUUGAUGAUGAUCUGGAAGAACAUCAGCCUUUCCCAACUCUUCAAGAAGCAUUAGAGAUAAUAGAUCCACAUGUGGGCUUCAAUGUUGAAAUUAAAUGGACAAUGGAACUUAAGGAUGGGACAUACGAGCUUGUUGAUCCAUUUGAUCUCAACAUGUAUCUCGAUACUGUGCUCAAAGUAAUUCUGCAACACGGUGGAAGCCGCAAGAUUGUGUUUUCGUGCUUCCACCCAGAUAUAUGCACAAUGAUACGGCUCAAGCAGAAUUUGUAUCCCGUCAUGUUCCUUACUCAGGGGAUAACAGCGAAGUAUCCACCAUAUCGUGACAUGAGGACUUGGAAUAUACCAAUGGCAGUAUAUUAUGCCCUGUCUGCUGGUAUAUUGGGUAUAAACGUACAUACUGAGGACAUAUUGAGGGAUCCAUCACAAAUAAAAUUGGUAACUGAUGCGGGAUUAAUAAUUUUCUGUUGGGGUGAGGAUAACAAUGAUACUGCCACUAUUAAACAUCUGAAGAGCCUUGGACUUCAUGCUAUAAUUUAUGAUAAAAUUGAUAAGUUUGGGACAAAAGAAGUAAAGGAGAGCAUAUUCCUUGUGGAAGCUAGAGAAGGACAGAAAAAUUUAUUGCAGAUUGCACAAGAAGUGGAUAAGAAGCAGUCCUCUGAUAACAGUCCAUUGAUGCACGCCUCUGUCACGCCUGCUGCAGAUUACCAGCUGCACAUUUCUACAAAUUGCACUCCUCUAAAUGAUGAUCCUCUUUCAGCCUCAGCAGUGCUUAUGAAAAAUUUGGGGUCGUCUAUGGAUGUCUCUGAACCCAGUACUCUUACUAGUAUAAAGUCAAGCUGAUGUUAAAAUGUUGAGUAGGCAAUACAAUUGACACCAAAAGUAUUUGACCACACCCCGUAAUUAUGGUGCAAGAGGAAAAAUAUUUAUUUUACUAGUGACAGUGAUUGGAAAUGUUAAGUGAAGCCUCUUAGUUUUGUUUCAUAAGCAAUAAUUUAGUAUUCAGAAUCUGAGUGAUCUCUAAUGUAAUUUAACUUAUUACUCAAGCCAGUGAUCUGACUUGAAAAUUAUUAUAUGACCUCAUAUUCAUUGCAUAAUUGUUUGAAGUCCAUACGUUUAAGAUGCCAUUCUUGAAUUAAUUCACCACAAAUACAUCAUAUUACAAUUUCUAUUUGAAAAGUUUCUUUUUCUAUUCCACACAAUAAUAAUUAACUCAUAGUUGUAGAAAGAACUACGUACGUUGUAGUUUGGCUUCUGACUAUUAAAUAAUUGUCUG